UUUCUUUUAUAAGGGCUUUGUCUGCUGAGAAAGACCAGAGCGUGAAAAAAAGGAAAGAGCUUUGGUUCGUUCAAUCACACUGAUUGAGAGCUCCUUAUUCAAUUAUCUCUUCCUUCUUCGUCUUCCAUCUUCUUUAUUACCCACAAUCGAAUCCAAAAAGAGAGAGAGUGUGACCCAUAUACAAAAACCCUAUUACCCACGGUUUGAUUUGAUGGAUCUAUGGAUCUAACGGUUUUAUACCUAUAUGUAUUGCUUAGUUUCUUUUAGAUCCCCUUCGUUUUCGUUUGGUGUUAUUUGGUGGCUGACCGGAACUGAUUGAGUUUCCUAAUUAUACUCUUGCUUAUCUCGGUCUGCACUCAAGGAGGUUUUUGGGGUCUUGGUUGCAGAGGGCGUUAUUGCAUCCAUUCUGGAUGUUGAGGAAUCGGAAGCUGGCCCCGGUGAAAUGAGGGAUGUUAUCAAGGUUGAUGAACAUUCUGAGGGCCUGCUGGCGGCCGUCCUCGGACCGUUAUGCCCACACAGACUCGGAUGCAGCAGGCCGGCAAGAUGGCUUACUUUGGUACAAAGAUACUGGUCAGCAUAUGAGUGGUGAAUUCUCGAUGGCAGUUAUCCAGGCCAACAAUUUGCUUGAGGAUCAGAGCCAGAUUGAGUCUGGUCCCUUGAGCUUGCUUGAGUCUGGCCCAUAUGGCACUUUUAUUGGAAUAUAUGAUGGUCAUGGCGGACCUGAGACAUCACGUUUCAUUUAUGAUCAUCUAUUCCAGCAUCUAAAGAGGUUCACCUCAGAGCAACAAUCAAUGUCUGUUGAUGUGAUACGAAAAGCUUAUCAAGCAACAGAAGAGGGAUUUCUGUCUCUUGUUACCAAACAAUGGCCUAUGAAACCCCAAAUUGCAGCUGUUGGAUCUUGCUGCCUGGUUGGUGUAAUAUGCGGUGGCACCCUCUACAUUGCCAACGUUGGUGAUUCACGUGCUGUGCUGGGGAGGCUUGUCAAGUCAACUGGGGAGGUCCUUGCCAUCCAGCUGUCAUCAGAGCAUAAUGUGGCAAUUGAAUCUGUGAGAAAGGAGAUGUACUCUGCGCACCCGGAUGACUCAAAAAUUGUGGUUUUAAAGCAUAAUGUUUGGCGUGUUAAGGGCUUGAUACAGGUAUCUAGAUCUAUUGGUGAUGUCUACCUGAAAAAGGCUGAAUUUAACAGGGAGCCUUUGUAUGCUAAGUUUCGCCUUCGUGAACCUUUUAAGAGGCCAAUUUUAAACUCUGAACCGUCAAUUUCUGUGCAUGAACUUCAAUCUCAUGAUCAAUUUCUUAUCUUUGCUUCUGAUGGGCUGUGGGAGCACCUUAGCAACCAGGAUGCAGUUGAUAUUGUUCAAAACCACCCACACAGUGGAUGUGCCCGGAGGCUUGUGAAAGCUGCCUUGCAGGAAGCAGCUAAGAAAAGAGAAAUGCGGUACUCAGAUCUGAAGAAAAUUGACCGAGGCGUCCGCCGACAUUUCCAUGAUGACAUCACAGUCAUAGUUGUUUUCCUUGAUUCAAAUCUUGUGAGCCGAGCGAGUUCGGCAAAAGGCCCUACUUUGUCUGUGAGAGGAGGUGGUGUUAUUCUACCUGCAAAAACACUAGUCCCCUGUGCCACACCCACGGAAGCUAACACUGCCUAAUGAAUCCACAUCUUUGAAUUAUUGUAGUUAGUGCUGGAUACUUCUUUGCAUCUGGGUGCCCAUCAGUUUAUAUAUCAAAGAGAGAUAAGAGAAGCUCCUGCCAUUUGUGUCUCUUUUUUUUUUUUUUUUAUCCCUUUCUGUACAAUGUGACAUUUUACUUGGGACAUGUAUUUUAUUUAGUUUCUGAGGACAUGGGCAAGGUAAGAAUCAGGGAAAUCGACCUUCAAAGUUGACAUCGAUGAUUCUUUCUCUAGGAUGAUCUCCUUAUGAAUUCAUUUUUCUCUCCACACUCUUUGCCCCCCACAUUUAGAGUUUUGUAUUUUGUAAAAUAUCUUAAAACAUCUUCCCUUGAUAUCAAAGUUUCAGU